AUGGCGAGGAAGAAACAGGACGAGGCCGAAGCAGCCCUACACGAUCAGACCCAACUGUUACCGAAGAAAGAACUCAUAUUCGUCCUACUUAUCAUGGACCUGGCCUUGCUUGUCUGCUUCAUCGACCAGAACGGAAUCGGUGUCCUGCUACCGACUAUUGCUCGGGACCUCAAUGCUCAAUCCUCGAUAUCGUGGGCAGGAACAUCCGCUUUGAUUGCCAAUACCGUCUUCCAAGUGCUCUAUGGCAGGUUAUCCGAUCUUUUCGGCCGGAAGAACAUCCUGCUGUCAGCGCUAGUUAUUCUAGCAUUGUCCGACCUAGCCUGUGGCCUGUCGGUCAACUCGACGAUGCUUUAUAUUUGUCGGGGCCUGGCCGGGAUUGCCAACGGUGGGAUAACAACUUUGAGCAUGAUGAUUGUGAGCGAUAUUGUUACUCUGCAGGAGAGGGGCAAGUAUCAAGGAAUUCUUGGAGCCAUGGUAGGCUUGGGGAAUGCUUUGGGACCAUUGAUCACCUGGCGCGGCCUUUUCUACCUUCUAGCACCCUUGACUCUGCUGGUCGUCGUCGCCAGCUGGAGAUGGCUACCCUCGAACAUGCCGAAGCUAAAUCUUCGAGAAACGAUUGCGAAUAUCGAUGUGCUCGGUCUCGUUACCGGCACGGCAGCGGUGAUCUUGAUACUCAUUCCUACCUCCGAGGGCGGCCACGCAGGGACACCGUGGAGCUCAGUAAUGGUCAUUGCCAUGUUUGUCGUCGGCGGCGCCUGCUUCAUCGCGUUUCUGUUGAUCGAGUGGAGGUGGGCUGAGCUGCCGAUGAUGCCCUUGUCAAUGUUCCGCACAGCAUCUGUAGCGGCGAUGUUAGCUCAAAGUUUUCUGCUUGGGGCCGCCUACUAUACCUUGCUGUACUUCCUUCCGUUGUACUUUCAGAAUGUCCGUGGCUAUAGCCCUCUAGUUUCUGCAGGCCUUCAGUUACCGCUGGUGGUAUCUCAGUCAUCGUUCUCGACGGCUGCAGGCUUCUACAUGUCGCGGUACAAUCGUUAUGCGGAGAUCAUUUGGGUCGGUUUUGGGACAUGGACUGCAGCCGGAGGACUGCUCGUACUGGCCGAUGACACCAUUCAUAUUGCCCUCGUCUCAUUCUUCCUCGUCAUUACCGGCUUCGGCACCGGCUGCGUCUUCCAGCCGACAUUAGUUGCACUCCAGGCCCACUGCCCGAAAGCUCAACGAGCUGUCAUCACAUCGAAUCGCAAUUUUCUUCGAAGCGCAGGAGCGGCGGUAGGCUUGGCUGUAUCCUCCGCCAUCCUGGCGAACGUUCUGAAGGGCUCAUUGCCAUCCCGUUUGGAGCACGUUGCCAGCAGCACCUUUGCUCCACCUAGCUUGUUGGGCUACUCUGACGCGGAUGGAGCUGUCAUCAGAGCAGCGUAUACUGCCGCGAGCAGAGCAGUCUUUAUAUGGUGUGUGCCGGUCACGGGAGUCUGUUUCUGCCUUACAGCAUUCGUCAAAGAUCAUGGUCUUGUGAGGAAAGAGGAGAAAGAGGCUGCGACGCCGCCAACAGGCGAGACAGAGAAAGAUGCUGCCGGGCCAGCACUCGGUGUUGGCAGCAAUGAUAGUGCUUCGCCAGGAAGCAGAAAUGAGAAGGGCGUGCAGCAUCAAGAUCCCGACGAACACAACAUACCACGUUCUAGCAGAAAUACAUCUGCGGCCAGCGACUGUAGUGCUACCGUCUGA